CCCGGCAGGAUGUCGGACUUUGUGCGCGAUAUGCGCAACCACAAGAUAGUGCCGGACGUGGUGCCGGUCCCGCCCGAGAGCCUCCUGCACGUGACCUAUGCCGGCGGGCUGCGCGUCAACCUUGGCAACAUCCUCACCCCGACCGAGGUGAAGCACGUGCCGGAGGUGGCCUGGCCGGAGGCGGAACCGGACGCCUACUACGCGCUCGUGCUGACCGAUCCGGACGCGCCGAGCCGGACGGCGCCCAAGUUUCGCGAAUGGCACCACUGGCUGGUGGUGAACAUACCCGGCAUGGACAUGGCGAAGGGGGACACGCUGUCGGAUUACAUUGGCGCUGCGCCGCCCCGCAAAACUGGCCUGCAUCGGUACGUGUUUCUGCUGUACCGACAGAACGAGCGGAUCUACUACAAGGAGUCACGGCUCUCGAACAGAAGCACCCAGGGUCGGGGCAAGUUCUCCACGCACAAGUUUUCGGAAAAGUACGAGCUGGGGCUGCCGGUGGCGGGGAACUUCUUCCAGGCCCAGUUCGAUGACUACGUGCCGAAGCUGUACCGUCAGCUGGGACACUUUCAAAACGCAUUCUAAAUGCUGCCAACAGUGCGCAGGAUGAAAGAGAGAUAGAGAGAUAGAGAGAGAGGGAGAGAGAGAGAGAGAGAGAGAGAGAGAGAGAGAGAGAGGGAGAGGGAAGAAAGUGCGCAUCAACUUGCGACCAUGGGGUCGUUCAACUUUCGGGGUCAGAAGCAGGAUCUUUCUUGCGAUCGGUUGAGAGGAUAAUGAUAAAGUGCGAUGCUCGUGGUCUGCUGCGCAAUAAAAACGCACACAGACACACACACACACACAUUCGCACAGACAGACAGACAGACAGGAACGAACGGUGAAGCAAACAGUUCACAGCAUCUGUGAGCUCUGUGGGGAGGAUGAAAGGAUUUGUGAAGUUGUGGCUAAAAAGGAGAGAAAAAAGCCCAAACGAGUGGCUGGCAUAGGGCAGGAUACAUAGGCCAUGGGAUGGAAAUGAUCAUCUCGAGAGGGCAGAAUGGCAUACACACACACACACACACACACAAACAAAGACGUGCUUCGCAGAUCGAUUUAACGUCCUGUCUCACCUGUGGUGCCGCUGUUGUUGCCAUGGUGCCUUCGGAAGGGAUCUUUGCCACCGAGCGGACAAUUCCGGCGAAGGGCAAAGGCUGCCAGCCGGUUGCUGCAUCCCCCCAAGCAUCCUUCGCGCGAGCCGUGGAAGGGCAGACAAAAAACGAUAAAGGAUAAAGCGAAAAGAAAAACCGAAAAUUAAUAAACAGCAAGAAAGGAAGAAGAAAAGCGCAAACAAACAAAGGAAAAACGGAAGCAGAAGAAACGAUUUUAUGUAAAACAAAGAUCCCCAAAGAUAUGUGGUUGUAUGGGUAGAGUGAUUUAGCAUAUAACGCUGUACGAUCAUCAAGUCAGACAGUCAGAAGAGGAUGAAAAAAUAAGAGAAAAACAAGCACUAGCGAAUGUACGUUUGCACGUUGAGGAAGGGCAGUG